AUGAUGCGCAAGGUGACUUUUGAGCUGGGCCGCUGCGUACGCGAGACUGGCCAGGCAUUAGAUCGUCUUGGCCUGCGUGUUCUUAAUGACAAUUCGUUUAAGGAGAAAUUCUCUCGCCACCGUCAGGUCAUGGCACUGUACGAUAAGCGACCUCAGAUUGCGCACGACGUAUGGGUCGCGCCUAAUGCAACAAUUGUCGGUGACGUCGAGAUCUGCAACGACGCAUCGGUCUUUUACAACGUAGUAAUCCGUGGAGACCUUAACCAGGUGCGUAUUGGCAACCGCACGAAUGUACAAGACCGCACAGUUAUCCACACAGCCAGCUCCACCAAUCCUGGACUAGCCCCUGGAUCCAAUAUUGGAAAUGAUGUGACGAUUGGACACGGCUGCACACUCUACUCCUGUACUAUUGAGAACAAUGUGCUUAUCGGUAUGGGCUCCAUUAUCUUAGACGGCGCUCUAGUCGAGUCAAACACAAUCCUUGCGGCUGGUAGCGUGGUACCCCCUGGACGACGCAUCCCUUCCGGACAGCUGUGGGCUGGCAACCCAGCUAAAUAUGUGCGUGAUCUCUCAGACGACGAGGUGGCUGACAUCACAAAGCAAGCAAGUGAGUACAAGAACAUCGCUUCCACUCACAGUGACGAGUUCCUUCCCUAUGGAACAGCUUAUUUGGACGCCGAAAAAAUCAAGGCUGCUGGUGGUCACUUGUAG